AUGGAUAACAGACAUGUAACUGUACACACACACACACGACAUACACAUACACACAUACAUAUACAUACACGCGGACAAAUGCCCGUAAACACGGACAGCUGUACACGUACACCACAUACACAUAUACACGCGCAGCCAUGCACACACACACAGAUACACACACGCACAUACACGAGAAAGAUGGCACCUUAUUAUUGCUGUGAUGAACAAUCUGUUUGCAUCGCAGGCACACACACAUACACAGACACACGCACACAGACACAUACACAGACAUACAAACAUACACGUAGACAUAUAAACACAUAA